AGGAUGUGGAGGCCUGUCCUGACCAAGGGGAGAGGCCAGGGCUGCUGAGGGCUGGGGCGUGUCCUCAUGAUCCCCAAGGCCUUAUGGCUACCAGAGCUGAGGAAGGGUAGAAAGGUGGCCAGGACCCAGGAAUGGGGCAGAGUCAGGGGGGCGACAGGUCAGGGGUCAGGCUGGAGAUGAGGAAGGGGCUGGGCCUGAGGUCAGGCCUAGCAGGAACAGGAUGUCUGUGUCGAGGAUGAAGGGAGAGGAGAGUGCCAGAACCCAGCUCCUCCCCACCUGGCCCAGUCCCCAGGGCCCCUCCCCUGGCCUCCCAGUUGUGGCUCCACCCUGGGGCCAGGACAGCAAUUCCCUUCACAAUGCUGGUGGUCGGUGGCCCUGACCCCCUGUUCUGCCUUCCCCUCCUCCUGCUCCUGGGCUCCCACAAGCCUGUGGGGGCCAGUCCUCCUCAGAGAAGGUUUGAGUAUAAGCUCAGCUUCAAAGGACCAAGACUGGCAUUGCCUGGGGCUGGAAUACCCUUCUGGAGUCAUCAUGGAGAUGCCAUCCCAGGCCUGGAAGCAGUGCGGCUGGCCCCAUCCAUGCAGAACCGCAGCGGCGCCGUGUGGAGCAGGGCCCCUGUCCUCUUCUCCGCCUGGGAGGUGGACAUGCAGAUGAGGGUGACCGGGCCAGGGCGGCGGGGAGCCCAGGGUGUGGCUGUAUGGUACACCCGAGGCAGGGGCCAGGUAGACUCUGUCCUGGAGGGGCCAGCCUCAUGGGACGGCAUCAGGAUCCUCUUCGACUCUGCCAGCCAGGAUACCCAGAACAGCCCCACCGUCCGUGUGCUGGCCAGUGAUGGGCACACUCGAUACGAGCUGCAUGGGGAUGGAGCCAGCGGGGUCCUGGGAUCCUGCCACCGGGACUUCCGAAACCUGCCGAUGCCCCUCAGCGUGCGGAUCACCUACUGGAGCCAGAGGCUACUUGUGUCCUUGAAUCAUGGCCUCACUCCAAAUGACUUAGAUGAGGUCUGUGUUGAGGUGGGCCCCCUGCUUUUGGCUCCUGGAGGUUUCUUUGGGGUCUCGGCCGCCACCAGUACCCUGGCAGAUGACCAUGACAUCCUGUCAUUCCUGACCUUCAGUCUGAGUGAGCCAGACCCAAAGCCUCCCCCACCACCCUUUCUGGAGAUGGAGCAACUCCGGCUGCUGAAGCAGCUGGAAGGGCUCCGUGCAAGGCUGGGCCUGGGCGCCAGGGAGGAUGUGAUUCCAAAGCUGAGCUCUGAAGUCCAGGAAGAGGGGGAAAGGAUCCUUGGCCUGGAAGAGAUGCUGGGCAGACACAGCCAGAUCCUGCAGGCUCUCCAGGGUCUCUCCAGACAGUUGGCCCAGGCCGAGAGGCAAUGGAAGAAGCACCUGGGGGCCCCGGAUCACACCAGGCCUGAGGGAGUCUGGGCCCAGAGCUCCUCCUGCCAGAUUCUAUCCGCCCCACAGAGGGGAGGCCACUUCUCCAGGCCACUCACCAAGACAGAGGAUUCUGCCAAGGUCAGCGCCCUGCUCCGUGGACAGAGGACUCUGCUCCAGGACCUGCAAGGGAUGAGGGAUGCAGCUGCCCACGUGGUCUCCAAAGCCCAGCUCUUCUAUCUGCCUGUGGGCACCAAGCAUCAUUUCUUAGAGCUGGCCCAGAUCCUGAGCCUCCUGCAGAAGGACCUUCGGGCCCCACUGAAAGCAGCAGCCAAGAACCCUCGCCCACCUGGCCAACCCCCAGGGGCCUCUUCAUGCCUGCAGCCCACCAUCUUCUUGUUCUUCCUGCUCAUUCAGACGAUAGGCUUCUUCUGUUACGUGCAUUUCAGGCAGGAGCUGGGCAAGAGCCUUCAGGACUACUUGUCCAUAGGCAGCCCUCCUCUGUGUCCUGCACCACGCAUUCCUGAGGCCCUGGGGAUUCUGAGGAGGCAGCCUCUCUCCUCCAGCAUGCGCACAUGACUCACCUCAAAGCCCUGAAGAAAUGUCACCAGGAGGUGGAUGGUGUCUAGGGGGUGAGGGUUUGGCCGGUACCUUCUCCUUCUGGGUGCCCAGCUCCUGCCCACACCUUAGU